AUGACACAUAAUCGUUAUAACCGUGAUGUAUGGGUGAAGCCAUUACUCGACACAGUGCAGUUUUAUCAGCAGUGCUGCGGUGGUGAAAGUGCUCGUGAUUACUAUGGUUCGUUCUGGUUCAUCACCAACACCGACCGUGGUACUCGGUCGUUCGUACCGAUGUCCUGCUGUCGUCAAGCACAAGUUGGUCGUGCAUGGGCACCCGUACCGAUCGAUCCGAUGUGCACGACUUAUGCUUACGAUUCGCAAGCGUUCGAUAGUUCAGUGCACAAAGAGCACAACACUUAUGGGAGCGGCGAAAUAUUCACUGGUGUCCGUCUUCGCUGCUUUGGUUCUUAG